AUGAAAUCAAUUUUUCUUGUACUCGGCCUAUUCGCUACGUUAGCCUUGGCUUCUUACCAAGACAAGGACAAAUAUUAUGAUUACCACGAUAAAAACGUUAAAUCAUAUGAUCCUUAUUAUAAUCCUUGGGUUCCUGCUAAAUAUUACGAUCACAAAGAUGAUUAUGAUAAGAAGGAAAAGCAUUAUAGACGCUCAAAACGUUCUCCUGUUCCGACCGAUUAUGGUAAAAAGGACGACUACGACUACGAUUACAACAAAGUAAAAUACGAUCCGUACUACAAUCCAAACCUUAAAUCAUAUAAUCCUUAUUAUAAUCCUUGG